AUGACAGUAUCCUAUGUAUCAGACAAAUUUAUCUGCAGCUUUUAUCCAGAGGUGGAUCAACCGGCAUCUAUAUAUACCGAGGAAGUGCACGAAAAAUGGCGGAGCCAAUCAGCGAACGAGUCCUGCAACGAAAUUAUAGGAAUAGUAGAAAUUCCAUCACCACCGAAGGGAGUACCUCUGAUGCUUAAAGUCACCCUCAGUGUUCCUGUACCUCUUUCGCAAACAAAUUUGGGUCGUUUGGAACUCGUUAAAUCUAAACGAGAAUCUGUUCAGGAAAUUUCUCAAGGCAGAUCCUUGUUUUAUAAAAUUCAAUUCCCUCUUCAAAAACCACUUCCGAUUCUCACCGGAAUUUCUUUAAAUAAUCAGCAAUACUGCAUUGGUCCUAGAGCAACUGGAGCAAUCGUCAGUUUUAUUUAUCUUGAGCAUACUCUUUAUCCCCCAGGAAUAAUUCCCUUUUCGAAAGUUCAAAAUAAUCAAUCGGAUCUGUCUCGCCCUUCAGAAAGUUUAAUUACAACCACUGUGAUUCCAAAAUCUAAAAAUGAUUUUGGACAUAAUUUUGGUGGUCUUAGUGAUGGCACUUAUUUGGAAAAAAAUUGUGGUAUCGCAAAAAAUUCGAAUCCCUUAGUCACCAGAGGAAAAAAAACUUAUCCUGGAGAGUGGCCUUGGUUGGUUGCAAUUUUUUUUGCUGAAGUCGACUUAGAAUAUCAGUGUGUUGGAAAUCUCGUUUCCAGAAAACAUAUUAUAACAGUUGCUCAUUGCUUAAAAAGAUAUGAAAUCAGUGUACCACCCAACGUUAUUUUGGUUUCUCUGGGAAAAUAUCUUCUCGAGGAUUGGGACAAGACUGGAAUUUUAAAUAGGGAAGUUUCGGAAAUCAGGAUGCAUCCAGAUUUUCGUGAUUCAAUGAGUGCAGAUGCUGAUUUGUCUAUUCUUGUGUUAAAUAAGCCAGUGGAUUAUAAUUUCGAUAUCAAACCAAUUUGUUUAUGGAAAGGACCCAGUGAACUUGAAAAAAUUGUUGGGGAAAUGGGAUAUGUUGUUGGAUGGGGUAGAGCUGAUCGAGAACGAAUUUCCGAGGGAGAGCCUCGUAUGACGAUUGCACCAAUUGUUUCUCAGGAAGACUGUUUACGGAGCAAUGCUGCAUUUAUAGAAAUGACAUCAAAACGCACUUUUUGUGCCGGAAAUAGAAAUGGAACCGAUCCAUGUAAUGGAGACAGCGGAAGUGGUUUCGUAAUCUUCAAUUCCAAAACCGGAAGGUAUCAUCUUCGUGGGAUUGUCUCAUUAUCACUUUUAGACAAGAAAACGAUGUCCUGUGAUUUAAAUGAAUAUAUUGUCUACGUUGAUCUUGCCAAACAUCACGACUGGAUAUUAAAACAAAUUUCUAGUUAUACAGUUUGA